CCAGAGGCAUAUAACUUAAACAUCUCUCCUGUACAGUUUCAGGUAUAAAUGAGGUAUAUACAUGGUCUGGUGCUUGCUUUCCAGUUGGAACUGCCAGUGUUGGAUGAUCAUCACCUAUGUAGUAGUACUCCGUAGCUUCGGAGGGUUGGUGAUUGGUGGAUUGGGUUUCUUUAGGAUGUUGUGUAUAUUGACCUACGGUAUAUAUAUUUUGAUACGGGGAUUGUUAUUGAGUAGGACUCGUUGUAUGGGUGUUUUCUGUUUGGGUGGUUUUGGAUAGUGGGUUGUUUUUAUAAUAUAUGUGUUGGCGAUGUAGGAUUUGAUUUUUUUUUCUGAG